GCUCAGCCCGGCGGGCCGGGCGGCCCCGGCCGCGGCCUCUUCGCGGCCUACCUGGCCAGCGGCCUGGAGGUCAUCCGGGAGUUCACGAUCCGAGUGCAGGGCCUCACCCAGGCGGCGCAGCCGCUGGGCCCCGGCGCGCUGAGCCCCGGGCAGGUGGCAGAGCUCGCCGGGCGCCUCGCCGAGCUCCUGCCGCUCUUCCGGGUGUCCGUGGCCGGGCUCACGGGGAGCUUUGGAGAGCUCAAGGCCGUCCGCGUGCAGCUGGCGAUGGCUGAGGCGGCCCUGGAGAUGCUCGUAGGCUGCGACCGCUGCCGCAGCGAGCCGAUUUUGCUCCGGAGGCAUCGCAUUGGCCGCGUCCUGUACUUCACGCUCUCGUCGACCAUCUCGGCGUGGGGGCACGUAGUCAGCUACAGCGCUGGGGUCAGCGCGUGUGAGAAGGGCCAACAGUGGCAGCGGGCCCUGGCGCUGCUUAGCGAGAUGUGGGAGGCAAAGCUGGAGCCCGACGUCUCAGCUACAACGCUGUGA